ACUGCCGUCCCACCCUUCCAUAUAAAAUGUACCUGGAAUGCUCAAUAUAGUUUCUAUAAAUUAUGUUUCUGGUUUAACUUGUUGAUUUAACCGUCGAUAUUCACCAAUCUGGGUGCCAUUUGCUUGUUACCGUCGAUACUCACCAAUCUUUUUGGGUGCCAUUUGCUUGCGAAUGCUUUCGCAUUCCGGUGUGCGCUCUAUAAAAUUGUUGGGGUGCGCCGUGAGCGUACAGACAUUGCAGAUCCUAUAACCAAGAAAGCACAACAGCAUUCCAGCACCAAACUUUUACAACUCAGCAUCCACAAGACGAGGCAACGGAGAAAAUCUACCAUGUCAGGAGAAGAAAUAAUCCACACCACCUACAAGCACAUGGAAGUAACAGGGAAGAUAGCGUCAGUCAGAAAUUCCUUUUCUCGAAACCAACCAGUCAUCAUUGUCAAGGAGAAGCAAAAGAAUGAGAAAAUCAAUCAUGAAGUGACCGUCUACCACUUGAAAAGGGAUUCGAAAUCUGUUGGAUUGGCGUUCAGUUUCCGGCAUAAUGAUCAGACAGUUUUCUCUGUUGUCGACGGGGAUGACGUGAAGCUAGAGAUGAAACCAGACGUGAAGACAGCCUGUUCAGACGAGAAUUGCCUGUUCCAGUGGCAUGAGAAGAUGGGGGAGUGGGGCCUCCUGAAAUCUGUGGCGGAACCUCAAAAGUACCUCUGUAUCGUCAACAACAAGGUCACCGUCGGCCCACGGGAAAAGAAGGUUAAAUUUCGGCUGACAUCAAAGUGAAUCAGUACAUUAGACAUCUUGACAGUUGUCUGCAUAGAUAACCGGCUUGUCGCCUUCCGGGGUCAGAAGAAUACUUGUCUUAGUGAAUUAUCCCUUUUAAAUAGGAUGAUAAGCAUCUUUGAUUAUUACAGGCCACUAUUAUAUCUAUGCUUACGUGUAUUUUAGUCGAGCAAAACCGGUUGUGGAAGGUACUACCCUGCUUACAGACACCUGCACACUCAACAUCAAUAUUCAGUACAUAGAGUUUGUCUCAGAAUUUAAUUCUAAAUACAAGUUGAAUUACUUUGUAAAAGGAAUGAUGGGAGAGAGAGAAACACUGUAUAUAGACAUAAUUACAUUUGAAAUGCUUGAAUUAUUUUGGAAAUUUCAGUGUAAAUUUGUUUUUAACUUUUGAUAUUGAUUUCCCUUCCUUUGGCAAUGUGAACAUAUGUUUCCCAGGGGGUGAGAGGGAGAGACUUUUAUUAAAGAAUGUGAAACAUAUGUUUCCCAGGGGUUGAGAGGGAGAGACUUUUAUUAAAGAAUGUGAAACAUUA